GUCAGUUAAAGCAGGUACCACACCAAGUGUAAAAUGGUAUAAAUCUCUUUUUCUUCUGUUAUCUUUUACGUAUUUGAAUUAUUUAUUAUAUAGCAAUACAAAGAUGUUCUGCAGGAAGUUGCUUUUUUUGAUUUAUCCCAAAUUCCCCAUAUUGGACAUACAGAUGGAAAACAGACAUUUGGAUUUAACCAUAUAUAUUUAAUACUGUCUAUUUAAUUGAAAUAAUUAAAAAAGGAAUCUGCGUUGAAUCUGAUGACAGAAUAGACUUCAUCUCAAUUUCUAUUUACACACGACGCUUCCUUUUUCAGUAAAGAAAGACUGGUUUUUUUUACAAAUUUCUCGUUGACCUUGGUACUAUUUUUUGAGUCUUCUCAUUAGAAUCAACUAAAUGUAGAAAAAAAAGGACACGUCGAUAUAUUAAACGAUUUCUGUUUUCGUGGAUUUUUUUACUUUUUGUUUCAGUAACAAAGGUUUAAACUCGGUAACGUAGUAGAAGUUAUAUUUUGGAAUACAAUUUUUUAAAAAAUAAAUAUUCUCAUUUACGUCUCUGCAAUUUUUAGAACUUAUGAAUUUGGAAUUAGUUGAUCCUUUCUCGAUUCCUGAUUACCCCGAAACGUUGACUGGGAACCUUCGGUAUGGACAUGCUACGAGUGUCAGAUUUAACAAAAUUGGAAAUGUUUUGGCUGCAGGGCUUGUAAAUGGAGUGGUCGUGAUCUGGGAUAUAUCAACAUCUUCAGUAGCGCGGAUCCUCACAGGUCAUACCAGAGCAGUACAAUCUGUUUGUUGGUCAGAAUGCGGAAGAUAUUUGUUGUCUGCUGCUAGGGAUUGGAAGUGUAUACUUUGGGAUUUACUUGAUGGGUCUGUCAAGUAUGUGCUAAGAAUGUCGGCGCCGGUUUGGGUAGCUGAAUUACAUCCUUCUAAUCUGAAUAUGUUCGUUGCUUCUAUUUUAGAUGAUUCGCCUUGUCUUGUUGAGGUUAAAGAGGGCAUCCCUCAUUUUACUCCUCUUCCUUCGAAUACUGAAGGACCUAAUUCUGUGACAGAUAAAAGAGGGAACUCAAAACAUGUAACCCUUGUCUGUAUAUUCCAUCCUUCUGGAAAUUAUAUAAUAUCCGGUACAUCGAAAGGAUGGCUACACGUUAUUGAAAUUAAUCCCAUCCGUAUAAAAAGUUCGAAUCGAAUAACAUCGCAAAAUAUUAAACAACUUCGGCUGAGCUUUUGUAAAAGAUACCUAAUUAUGAACUCAACAGAUCGGGUCAUACGUACGAUAAAUAUACAAGAUUUGGAAAAUUUUGAAGUUGAGCAUAAGUUUCAAGAUGUGGUAAAUCGAUUACAGUGGAACUCCUGCGGAUUUAGUCCUAGCGGAGAAUAUGUUUUGGCUACUACUUAUCAGAUGGCGCAUGCCAUUUAUGUAUGGGAACGAGGUAUGGGUUCGCUUGUCAAAAUAUUGGAAGGUCCAAAAGAAGAGCUUGUGGACGUAGAUUGGCAUCCAGUGUUGCCUUGUAUAGUGGCCGUUGGCUUGGAUACAGGAGCUAUUUACAUGUGGUCAGUUGAGCAAAAAGAGAGCUGGAGUGCAUUUGCUCCGGAUUUUCAAGAACUUGAAGAAAACAUUGAAUACGAUGAGCCAGAAUACGAAUUUGACAUACACGACGAGAAGAACGAAAACAAGGAAGAGGUGGAUUCCGCAGUACCUGUCAAACUAUUUUACAAUGGGUCAUCGUCAUCUGCGAAUAAACCAUUUACUAUUCCGUUGAAUCUGAACUCAUUAGACGUAUAGAUUUGGAACAAAAUUCUCCAUUUCUAAAAAAUAAUUAUAAUAUAGAAUAAAUUAUGAAAUAAGCAAAGUAAAAUAAAAUAAAAAAGUAAAUCAAA